GGAUAACUCUUGGCUCGGACAUGAAUGUCUUAGGAAGUUUGGUAAUUUGUACUGCCCUUUUGGGCUUUGUUUUCGCCCUACCCAUGGUGACUCGAGUGGAAACAGAUCCUGAAUUGACUGCCGGUUUUGUAGAGGGUGAUAUGGUUUUGGAUAUCAAUGCCCGCAAUGGUUUGCGUAAUGAGGUGUACAAAUGGCCCAACAACAUUGUCUACUAUAAAUUCCAUACUGAAUUUGAUGAUGCCCAUCAUAAUCAUAUUUUACGUGGCAUGAAAAUCAUUGAGAGCCUGUCCUGUAUUCGUUUUGAAGAGGCAACUGAGAGUACGGUUAACUUCGUAAAUAUCACCGGUAUGCCAGGUGGUUGCUACUCCAGCGUUGGUUACCUCCGUGUUGGAGCUCAGACAUACAAUUUGCAAAUCUAUCCUUUGGAUGAGGGUUGUUUCCGUUUGGGUACAAUUGUCCAUGAAUUUUUGCAUACCCUCGGCUUUUAUCACAUGCAAAGUAGUGCCGAACGGGAUGAAUAUGUUUUCAUCAAUGAGACCAAUAUCCAAGAAGGUACCAUUCACAAUUUUAAUAAAUAUGACACCACUGUUGUCGAUAAUUUCGAUGAGGAAUAUGAUUAUGGCAGUGUAUUGCAUUAUCCCGCCUAUGCUUUCUCGGCCAAUGGUGAAAUGACAAUUGUACCAUUGAAGGAGGAAGAGGCAGCUGGUAUUAUGGGUCAGCGACGUGGCAUGAGCAAGAGUGACAUUAAUCGCUUGAAUUUGAUGUAUCGUUGUCCGGUGAAGGUGUAAAUUAUAUUAAUUUGUU